AUGGGUGCAGUGGCAUCCUUCCUUUCCUCCACCACUUCAUCACCGACUUGUGCCACGGCUUUGACAACAGCUUCUAGCAAGCCAUCGAAACCGAAAGCGCCAAAGCGAAUAUUCAUCGCUGUCGAGUUACCGGACGAUAUGAAAGAGUUGUGCCUUGAAACCAUAACAGACAGGCUACUUCCUCUGGACAAAACUGAAAACGACAAGUCUACAGUGAAAUGGGUCUUGGAGCCUUCUCUGUUCCAUUGCACUCUCCAGUUUCUGGGAUCGGUCGAAGAAGAUCGUAUCCAAGACUUGUCUGACCAACUACGAGGAAAAGUGCUGUCGACUCCACCAUUCACCUUGCAACUAGGAGGCUUGGGUUGCUUUCCAAACCACAAAAGUACCAAGAACGCAAGUGUUGUAUGGUUGGGACUGGAGGGUGAGACUCAAAAGUUGAAGGAUCUGUCUUGUACAGUUAUGGAUACCACGGAGCCAUUGGGAUUUCGCCGUGAAAGACGUCCAUUUAGCGCGCAUGUAACUCUUGGAAGAGUGAAACGAGGGACUGGAGGCCGACGAAAACGAGGGCGGCGCCAAGAACCUGGGAAUUCAUCUUCCCUCCCUCCUGCGUUGCAAGACCUACUAGAUCGAAUGAUGAAUUCAGAUUCAAAUGAAGCAAGGGAGAUAAAGGACCGUACACACCCAUUUGGAGUCAAUCAUGUGGCCUUGAUCGAAAGUAAGCUUUCAAAAGACGGUCCCGAGUAUAUCACACUCGAGCGAUUUGAUCUGAUGGGCAAGCCCUAA